AUGGCGGACCCGUUGAGUUUACUUCGCCAGUACAACGUAAACAAAAAAGAAAUAAUUGAACGAGAUAAUCAAAUUAUAUUUGGUGAAUUCUCUUGGCCCAAAAAUGUUAAAACCAACUACCUUAUGUGGGGGUCUGGAAAGGAAGGCAAUGAUAAAGAAUAUUAUACAUUGGAAUGUCUUCUAUUCAUUCUUAAGAAUAUACAGUUGACCCAUCCAGUUUAUGUUAGACAAGCAGCUGCUGCAAACAUACCGGCUGUGCGUCGUCCAGAUCGUAAAGAAUUGUUGGCAUACUUGAAUGGUGAAACUGCAACUUGUGCAUCAAUAGAUAAAAGUGCUCCUCUAGAAAUACCAACACAGGUAAAACGUACUCAUGAUCACGAUGGUGGUGAAUCUGCAGCAAAGAAACCUCGCAUUGAGGAAACCCAUGUACAAAAAGUACGAGAACAGCUCGCAGCUAGACUUGAUGCUCCAAAAGAGGCAUCCGUCACAGUUGACAAUAUCAAGUCUUUAUCGGAGGCUAUGUCAGUGGAGAAAAUUGCCGCCAUCAAAGCUAAACGUUUGGCAAAGAAGAGGACUACAAUCAAGAGCAACGACUACUCCGAUACGCUGGGUGUCGUCGGAUCAGAUUUUAGAGCCAUCCUCGACUAUGACGUAGAUCUAACCAAGGAUAUUAUGAGCCGGGAGAGACAGUGGCGUACAAGAACGACAGUAUUACAAAGUAACGGAAAGGUGUUUGCAAAGAGCAUUCUAGCUCUGUUGGGUAGUAUUCGAGCGCGAGAAGAAGGUCGACCAGGAGCGCCACGGCCGCAACCCAUAGUCAUGCCACAGCCCACAUCGUUACCACAGCAGCAAACCCAGUACAACAGAUACGAUCAGGAAAGGUUUAUUAGGCAAAAAGAAGAAACGGAAGGCUUCAAAAUCGACACUAUGGGUACCUAUCACGGUAUGACACUGAAGUCAGUAACAGAGGGACCAAGUGUACCGGCCGCUGCGCGCGCGCCUCAAACACCAAGCCAUCCUAGGCAAAUGCCACAAAACGGCUCAAUGGGCGGUAGUACUCCGGGGCGUCGUGAACUGCUACCAGUGGCAGCGGCGCGUCCCCCAGCCGGCGCGGGCGGGAAGCGGCCAUCGCGCACACCCAUCAUCAUCAUCCCCGCAGCCACCACCUCACUCAUAUCCAUGUACAACGUUAAAGACACACUGCAGGAUCUUAAGUUCGUUACUGUGGAACAGAAGAAAGCUGAAGGCGCGGCUCGUGAAAAUGAAGUAUUGUUGCAGAGGAGAAAAGGACCCACAGGGGAUGUACCUAACAACGCGACUACUAUUACGGUACCUUAUCGCGUCGUAGACAACCCUGGCAGGCUAUCAGCCGCUGAAUGGGACAGAGUUGUCGCAGUAUUCGUGCAGGGACCAGCCUGGCAGUUCAAGGGAUGGCCUUGGGACGGCAAUCCCGUCCAGAUAUUUGCUAAUAUUUGUGCGUUUCACUUGAAGUAUGACGAAAUGAAACUAGACGCGAAUGUCGCCCGCUGGGCCGUCACUGUACUAAACCUAAGUCGCACCAAGCGGCAUCUUGACCGCGCUGUCCUACUCGGAUUUUGGGAGACACUUGACAAGCACAUGAUGAAGAAUAAACCGCACCUUAGGUUCUAA